UCAUAUGAAUAGUUACCUUUUGUAAGUUUAUUCUUGAUUUUAAUAAGUGGUUGGAAGAAUGAAGAUUUUAGUUAAGCUAAUUCAUAUUUGAAAAAGUAAUCAUUCAAUCUGUCAUUAUUUAUUAGAAUUGAUUACAGCAUUAGGAAAAAAAACUAACCAACUCAAACAAAUAAACUCUAAGAACAGGGAUAAACAACAAAUGAUGUGAAUGUUAAUUUAGAAAAAAAAGCCGAUGAUUAAUAAGUAUGAUUAUUAGUUCUUAGAUUUAAUAAGGUGGAAAGAAGAAACUAUAAUUAAGGAAACUAUCGUAGAUUUAACAAUUCUUAAAAUAGAAGAUUCGAUAAAAGAGAUAGACGUGAUUAUGAAAGAAGCCAAAAGAAUGAUAGAUACGAUAGGAAUGAUAGGAAUGAUAGAUAUGACAGAAAUGAUAAGAAUGACAGAAAUGAUAAGAAUGAAAGGAGUGAAAGGAAUGACAGAAACGAUAGAAAUGACAGAAAUGACAGAAAUGAUAGAAAUGACAGAAAUGACAGAAACGAAAGAAAUGAUAAAGGUGACAGGAAUGAUAGAAACAACAGUUUCAAUAGAGAUAAAUAUAGAAAUAGAUUCAAUGAUAGAGAUAGAAAUAAUAGAGAUAGAGAUCAAAAAGGAGAUGAAAGAAGUAAUAAUUAUUAAUUAACAUAUAAGACUAAUAACAUUCUAAAUGGACUCACGAUUGUUAUGAAAAGGAUAAAGAUUAAAGUCCUAAUAACAACGUAUAGAUUCUUUUUUUCUAUAUUUUAGCAAGUUAAACCAAGAGGAUCCCCAAUAUACAAAUGAGUAAGAUAAAUAUGC